AUGCCUUCCUUCACCACGACGCUUCUGAUGGUCCUCGCGGCUGGGGGCUCUCUCGCUGCGCCUUUCGACAAACGCCAGAGCCUCGCCGGAACAACGCAGAACGGCCUGGGCGGAGCGUGCAAGGGGACGACCGUGAUCUUCGCGCGGGGGACAACGGAACCUGGGAACGUAGGAGUCGUCGCAGGCCCACCCUUCUUCCAGGCGCUAUCGACUAAAGUGGGCGGCGACUUGGCAGUUCAGGGUGUCGACUAUCCUGCUGAUAUCCCAGGGUUCUUGGCGGGCGGCGACGCAGGCGGGAGCAAAAAGAUGGCACAACUCGUGCAGCAGGCUAUGACAGAUUGCCCCAGCACGUCGGUGAUCAUGGCCGGCUACUCGCAAGGAGGGCAGCUGGUUCAUAACGCGGCAGCGCAGCUGCCUGCUGCCACUGCAAGCAAGGUGGCUGGCGCCGUCAUUUUUGGUGAUCCAGAUAAUGGUAAGGCCGUCCAGGGCAUCGCCAAAACCAAGGUCAUCUGCCACCAGGGCGACAACAUCUGCCAGGGAGGUGAUCUGAUCUUGGCGCCUCAUUUGACCUAUGGUCAGGAUGCUGGUGAAGCUGCCACAUUCGCUGCUCAGGCUGCUGGGAAAGCAUAG